CCCAUUCAUCUACGUGCAGCGAACAUAUGUGCAGUACCGACGUGCUGAGUUAGUAAAUGGUACCCCUGCUCUUGAUAAUCAUGUUAUGUGUCAAAGAUGGUAUGACAGAACGCCUUAACAGGUUCAUCCGACACUACGAAUCAUUGCGCUUCCCUCUCGAACCAUCCAUUACUCCAACGGCGUCCAGACAAAAGCGUUCUACUCCUCCUCGUGAUACUGUGCUGCAUUUCACUGCAUUUGGAAGGGACUUCCACCUGGUUCUCUGGAGAGAUACAUCGACAUUCGCAAAACAUUUCAUCGCCCUUACUCCGUCCGGGAAGGUUGACUUGGACAUCUCUCAUGUGCAUUCGGGAAAGCUCCUUGGUUACCCCGAAAGUCGUGUCUUUGGAUACGUGAAACAGGGCACAUUCCAGGGACACAUCCAAAUGGGCGAUGGUUCCGAAUAUUAUGUGGAUCCCGGCUGGAAAUACUUCGGACGGAACGCCGAUUUCUUUGUCGUGUAUUCUGCAGAUGACGUCGAAAUGCCAGCUGACCUUUCGGCAGUAUCAUGGUGCGGUGUGUGUCAGCUGUAUGCUCGGAAUGCAACGGCCACAAACACGACAAGGAUUCAUGUACGUGACAAACGACGCACGAAAGGAAUGUUGGACUAUAUAGAGGUGAACGCUGAACCGAUCGAAGACGGGCAUCGCACGAAGAAACCACGGAGCGUGACGAGGAAGAGCCUCUCUGGACGUUUAUGUAACUUGCACGUGACCAUCGAUCACACACUCUAUCGGUUCUUCCUCUCUUCCUCUUUCGACGAAUCUUCCGCCAAGGACCGCAUCGUCGCCACCGUGGCCUCGCACGUCUAUUCAGCAUCCCAAAUCUUUUCCACCACGGAUUUUGAUGGCGUAGUUGGUGUCAGCUUUGCAGUGCACACUUUGCAAAUCAAUACAGGGCAGUCGUGCAAAGGUAAAACGAUUGCACGUAACUCAUUCUGCUCGGACACCUUGGAUGCCAACGUGAUGCUCGAGGUUCUCUCCCGUGACGACCAUGACCGCUUCUGUUUGGCCUUUAUCUUUACCUAUCGAGACUUCAACGAAGGAAUACUAGGAUUAGCGUACGUCGGGAACGCCAAUCGUAAUGCGGGUGGUAUCUGCGACAAGUACCGAAGCUUGCAGUUCAACAGCGGUGUUCGUCGGAUGGGACUAAACACAGGCGUCGUGACACUCCUCAACUAUGGCAGCUUCGUUCCUGAAAGAUUAAGUCAGAUUACUUUCGCUCACGAGAUUGGACAUACCUUCGGUGCCAGACAUGACUCCGGGACCGAGUGUGCUCCCGGCGAACCGAAUGGCAACUACAUCAUGUUUCCACGCGCAACGUCCGGUACCAAGGAGAAUAACCGCAAGUUUUCAUCCUGUAGUAUUGAACAGAUCGGCGCAGUGGUUCAAGUAGUGCUUCAUGCUAAGUACGGCAAAGACAACUGCUUCCUAGAGAGCGAAGGCGCGUACUGCGGGAACAAUAUUCGUGAAGGGGAAGAAGAGUGUGACUGCGGCUACAGUGACGACGAUUGCACAGAUAGCUGCUGUUAUCCCUACAAAAACAAUGAGGGAAAGGCUGGUUGCAAACUACGACCUCAUGCUGCUUGCAGCCCUACGGCUGGUUCAUGUUGCAGUUCGGCUUGCAGUUUCAUGGACCAGAAUCAUCGGUGCUCUGAGGAAAAUGAGUGCAAGUUCUCCUCAACAUCCACCAGUGUGUCUGCCGAGUGUCCCCAGCAACGGUAUAAAGACAACUUGACUGUUUGCAACAAGGGUACCCAGGUGUGCCAGAAUGGCCUAUGCGAAGGAUCCAUCUGCCAAAAGUACGGCUUCGAGGAUUGCCAGGUCACCGGAAGGGGUCACACGGAGGAACAAAUGUGCCGUAUUUUUUGCCGAGCUUCCAGUGAGGCCACAGCGUGCGUCGAUCCCUGCGAAGUUCCACAACUUAAACCCCUGUGCGACGUCCGGAAGCAACCUGGUGCAGCGUGUGACAACAACAACGGGUAUUGUGACGCCUUCAGGAGGUGCCGUAGUGUUAACGAAGAAGGUCCUCUCACGAAACUGGAAGGUAUCUUCUUCAGAAAGGAGGGAAUUCGUCAGUGGAUCGAGAACCACGUGAUACUAAGCCUGUUGAUCUCUGUUAUGGCGAUUCUGGGAUUAGCGCUUUUCAUUCGCUGCUGCGCCGUAAUGACGCCCACCAACAAUCCCGUCAUGCGUCCGGCCAGAACCUUCAAGGAAGGCAUUGCGAGCCCCGCAGAAGUUAUCCUCUUUGGGUAAGGGGUCUGCAUCUCCACCACUACUGCUGCUGCUCGGCUGCCGCUUUCCGUAAUAGCGCAUCAAUUUAUUUUUCUUAUCAUACUGAAAUACUCCCAUGAUAGCUUCCUUUACGUGUCGUAGAAUAAGACAAUAAACACAACGAAUGUGGACACGGAAGAAUAAAAUUGGUCUAUAAAUGUAAUUAAAGUGGCGGGAAUGCGUUA